AUGCAAUUCAUCUCUAUCCUCCUGGGCCUCGUUGCCACCGUGUCGGCCAUCGACAUCUACUUCCAUAACUCUGGCGACUGCUCGGGCGCCGCUGCCAUCUGCACAAACGCCAACCCAAACAUCUGCUGCACCGGCAACUCGCCCACCGUUGCCUACCGCGGCGUCCCUACCAACUGGAACAUUGAUGCCUUGGGCUUCUCCGGUGGCGGCUGCGGCUCGCCCAAAUGGACCGCUCAGCUCCGCGGGGACAACUGGGUCUGCAUGAGUGUCAACUCUCGGCCCAACUACACGGGCUCCUUCUACUACUUUGUCGGCCGGAAGCGUGCCGCGGACAGCGCCUGCGAGGGCUCUGUUGCCCCUGACACCCUGGUGCUUGCUGAUGGGGUCACCAAGUAUGACAUUGCUGGCUUCGACGAGGCCAAGGUUGCAGACCUGCUUGCCAUUGCUGGCACUGGAGCUGGUCCCGCAGAGAUGCCGGAGGAACUGCAGGUCAGGCGCAAGUAG